ACAUUCAUCACACUCCAAAUAACUUGAUUCAUCCAUAAAUGGGCGCCUUUUACGUAAGAAUAAUCUGAAACGUAAACGGAACAUUGUGAAACGGGUGGACCGCUCGCGGCCUCACCUACAUCAUGCAGAUGCAUCAUCAUCAUCAAUCAUCGGGUCAGCACACCCCUGCACCAUGUUGUAUUAUAGACAAACUCUUCGACGGCUGUAGAUGUUUUAUUAGGCGACAUUCCGAUUUACAAGGACGCAAUGUAUAUGCGAAUUCGAAUUUAAAACGUUAUAAUGUGUAAAACGUGUAAUCGUUUUGUGUACAAUUUUAUAUUAUCUUUUCUAUUACAAUUGCGUCACGUAAUCCAGCCGAUUCAGACUUUAAGGAGUUGAUAAGUGUUUAUUAGGUGUCAAUAGUGUCAAUUGAUCGAUUUUCUUUCACAUAAUCUAUUUUACGUAAAACACAUUAUAACCAAUAAAUAUAGAUAAUUCUGAUAGCUUUGGCAUAGUUAUGUUUGGGAGUAUUACAGUAUUGUUGAGGUUACUUUAUCAUUAAAUACCUUAAGAUGAAUUCUUAAAUAUUUGGUAAUUUACAUGAUAUUGACUGAUUAAAAUGCUAUUUGAUGAAUUUCAACAUUGAAAGCUGAUUAUUUCAAGAGACAUGGAAGAUGAACAUGCAGUGAGAGAAGCCAACAAGAUUUGCGGUGUCUGUGGAGAUCGAGCACUUGGCUAUAAUUUUAAUGCAGUAUCAUGCGAAAGCUGUAAAGCUUUCUUUCGACGAAAUGCCCUUAAAAAUAAGGAUUUUCGUUGCCCUUUUAGUGAGAAUUGUAACAUAACGCCAGUUACACGACGUUUUUGUCAAAAAUGUAGACUAGAUAAGUGUUUUAGAAUUGGUAUGCGAAAAGAGUAUAUUAUGUCAGAAGAGGAUAAAGUUUUAAAACGACAAAAAAUUGAACAAAAUCGUGCAAAAAAACGACCUAGCUCGGAGAGUCAAAAGACAAUGAAAAUGAAAAGAGAAAGUAUAGAUGAUUCAAAUUUUGAUGAAACCUGUACUUCUAUACCUUCUGUAACUUCGGUUAUAUCAGAGUCAUAUUUUUGGGAAUCCGAUAAGAAAUAUACCAACCUUGAUGCAAAUAAACAACCAUCAAUGGAUAGUAUGAGUCCUGUCACAGCUGCUAGCGUUCCAAGUCCUUCAAGCCCAUCAGAAAAUUGUGAUAUAGUUGGUACUAAAACCUUAGAAAUGUUAAAAGACUCGUCUCAUAGUUCUCUUACAAAUUUUGUUAAAUUUGAUCAUUCUAUUUCAUAUAAUCCAAAUGAUUUAAACAUUGAAAAGAGUUCUGCUAGUCGAAUAAAUUUUGAUACAAAUUCUAUCAAUAAUUAUGCCCAAGAAAAAGAACAUUUAUUAGAUUCAGUAAAAAUAAUUGAAUCGAUAGGUACAUGUAAGAAAUUGGAGAAACAUUUUCAGGAACCGAUGGAUUCUUCGGUGUCUUCACCGAAACGUUUAAGAUUACAAAAUAAUUUACCAAAUUAUUCAAUACUUAAGCCAUCCUUGGAAGAACAAAAACUAUAUAUACCAUAUGCAGAAUGCUCAACAAAUGUAAAUUUAAUGGAAACUUGUAUGCAUCAAGUUGUGCCAGAAUCAAAUGCAGAAGAUACAAUUGUGUGCCAAAAAUCAAAAGAACCUUCUUUAAAAGGAUCUGAAUUAGCUUUAAAAAUGAUGCAAAAUCCUGAAUUGAUCGCUAAGAUAGUUAACAGUCCUAAUAUCAUUGCAAAGGUUAUUGAAGAUCAAAAUCUACUUACUAAAUUUAUAUCUAAUCCAGAAAUAAUUAACAAAUUGGUAUCAGAUCCUCAAAUAUCAAAAUUUCUAGAAGAAAAAAUUUUAUCUCCAAAUAUGCAUGAAACUGCUAAAAGAAACACUGAUAAGAAUGCAAUAGAUAAACUUAUUAGUAACGGAAUUUCUGAUAAUAUGAUAAGAAAUAUGUUAGACAACGAUCAGAAUCAUGUGGAAAAUCCUAUUUUAACAAACUUAAUUACCAAUCGUAACACUGAAGAGCAUAAUUAUCAAAAUCAUGAUAGUACAAUAAACGAAUGGAGUAAAACAACCGAUGAUGUCACUAGAGAUGUUCUUCAAGAUGUACAAAGGAUACCCAUAGCUGCAAAUUCAAUCGAAUCUAUUUUGUGUGAAGCUAUAAAGUUAGAAUUUUCUGCGUAUUCGACAUUAGGCGGUAAUCAAAAUAGCAGAGAAUUAAAUGAUGCUGAAAGAGCAAAAUUAAACGAGCUUAUAGUGGCUAAUAAAGCACUUUUAGCACCACUUGACGAUGAUAUUACAAACUUAGUUGGCGAAGAAUGUAGAUUUAAGGGAAAUUCUGGUCAAUCUGAUCCUAUGCUAUUAGAUGUUAUCAAUUUAACUGCAAUAGCUAUACGAAGACUUAUAAAAAUGUCAAAGAAAAUUAAUGCCUUUAAAAAUAUGUGUCAAGAAGAUCAACUUGCUUUGUUGAAAGGAGGAUGUACUGAAAUGAUGAUUUUAAGAUCAGCCAUUAAUUAUGAUCCUGAUAGAGAUAUUUGGAAAAUACCGCACAGUCAAGAUAGAAUGUCGAAAAUCAAAGUAGACGUAUUAAAAGAAGCAAAAGGAAAUCUGUAUACCGAGCAUUCAAGAUUUGUCAGAACAUUUGAUCCUCGCUGGCGAGAUGAAAAUAUUAUUCUGAUAUUAAGUGCUAUAGCAUUAUUUUCUCCUGAUAGGCCUAGAGUUAUUCAUGGAGACGUUAUUAAACUUGAACAAAAUUCUUAUUAUUAUUUGCUGAGAAGAUAUUUAGAGAGCAUAUAUCCUGGAUGUGAGGCAAAAUCGACGUUUUUAAAGUUAAUUCAAAAAAUUUCUGAAUUGCAUAGGCUCAAUGAUGAAGUAGUUGGAGUCUAUUUAAACGUUAAUCCAUCAAGUGUGGAACCAUUACUAAUAGAAAUAUUUGAUUUAAAGCAUUAAAAUAGCUCUAGC